GGCGGUAAUGCGCCGAAACGUUGUUUACCAGACGCAAAAGAAACCACGAAGAAGAAGGAAGGCGGAACAAGCGGCCUCACGGAGGGAACAAAGAACGGCUCAGCUCACUAAUAUGGAAACAGUCUGCUCUGGUUAGUCCAGCCUGAAGCCACGAUGUCGAAACGACCAUCCUACGCCCCUCCCCCUCCCCCCGCCCCGACAACACAAAUGCCUUCCACCCCAGGGUUUGUGGGCUACAACCCUUACAGCCAUCUGGCCUACAACAAUCUCCGGCUGGGAGGGAGCUCCGGAGGCUCCAGCAGGAACUCCACGGGCAUCACCGUCCCGAAGCCUCCCAAACCUCCAGACAAGCCCCUGAUGCCUUACAUGCGGUACAGCCGGAAGGUAAGCAGGAAGGUAUGGGACCAAGUGAAGGCAUCCAACCCGGACCUGAAGCUGUGGGAGAUCGGAAAGAUCAUCGGGGGGAUGUGGAGGGACCUGACGGACGAGGAGAAACAGGACUACCUGAACGAGUACGAGGCUGAGAAGAUUGAGUAUAACGACUCUCUGAAGGCAUACCACAACUCCCCCGCCUAUCUGGCCUACGUCAACGCUAAGAAUCGGGCGGAGGCGGCGAUGGAGGAGGAGAGCAGACAGAGGCAGAGUCGGAUGGACAAAGGAGAGCCGUACAUGAGCAUCCAGCCGGCUGAAGACCCCGACGACUACGACGAUGGGUUUUCAGUGAAGCACACGGCAGCUGCUCGCUUCCAGAGGAACCACCGGCUCAUCAGUGACAUCCUCAGCGAGAUCGUGGUGCCGGACGUGCGCUCCGUGGUCACGACCGCCCGCAUGCAGGUCCUGAAGAGGCAGGUCCAGUCCCUCAUGGUGCAUCAGAGGAAGCUGGAGGCGGAGCUUCUGCAGAUUGAAGAUCGGCACCAAGACAAGAAAAGACGCUUCCUGGAGACCACGGACUCCUUCAACACUGAACUCAAGAGGCUGUGCAGUCAGAAGGUGGAGGUGGACAUGGAGAAGCUGGCAGCAGAGAUGGCCGCAGCCGAAGAGGCGGCCCGGCGGCGGGCGGAGGAGAGAGAGCGCGAGGCGGCCGAGCAGGCGGAGAAAGCCGCUCAGCAGGCUCAACAGCAGCAGCAACAAGAGGCGGCUGGAAACAAAGCUACCGAGCAGAGCAGUGCUAAUGCUAACAGCCCAGCUAACCCCACCUCAGGGACCAAGGAGGAGGACAAGCCCACACCUAUGGAGACAGAUGAGGCGGCCCCAGCAGAGCCCUCCUCAGACCCCCAGCCUGCUCCUCCUCCUCCAUCUGACCCCCCCUCCUCUGCCUCUGAUAAAGCCAGUCCUCCCCCCGAGCCCCCCAGGGAGACCAGCACCCCCGUCAGCAGCGCCCCCAGUGACGACAGCAGCAGCAGCAGUAGCAGCAGCAUGCCCGCCCCCUCCUCAGAGAGCACACCCCCUGCAGCUGCAGCCCCAGCGGCCCCCGAACCCCCCGCUGCACAAGAAGCUAGCCCUGCUAACGUGGCUGCACCUCCACCUCCACCACCCCCUGCCUCAGAGGAACCAGCCCCCCCACCGCCGCCACCACUACUGCCCCCCAGCCAGAGCGGUGGUCAGCAGUACGACAUGUAAUGGAUUCACAACGUUAGCUUCUUCUUCGUUCUCUGGAGGAGAUUUGAUUAAUUACAUCAUCAAACAUUUAAUUCCUUUAAAUUUACCCAGCAUGCCUGGUUCCAGUACAUAAUGAUAAAAUGUCACCAAAGAGGGCAUCAGUGACCCGCCCACCUCGGUGCUGCAGACAUCGUACGAGCCAUUCCUCUGACCACGUCCCAUGAUGCAUCGUGAACACCUGCACAUCCACCUUCACAACAUCACAGUGAAUAAAAGCUCGAGAAGGAUAGGACUACAACUCUUAUCAUAUUUUAAUACUUAAGAGAAGUUAAACACAGGGAUUAAACGUCAUCAGCCUCGGUAGUCGGCCCUCGAUGUUUGUGUAAUGCAGCCACUGGCCAGUAGAGGGAGCUGUAGCCAAAGACUGGCUGCAGCUCCGGUUAAUCGUCGAUCUCUCUUGACUCUAAUACACAGAUGUAAACAAGCACAGUGAACAGAUAGCAUGUCAUAGUACGACAGUUUGUCCGUAUUCUGAUCUAUAGCAUGGAGAUGAAGUCGUUUUAUUGACCUGAGCAAUAACGGAUUGAGACUUUCUAAAAAUCCUCAUCAUGAUGUAGAUGUUUCAGGAUCCUCUCAGCCAAUUCAUUAUCAUUUAAUUUGAGUAAAAAGAAUCCUUAUAUUCUGGUGUCAUUGCGCUGUAGAAAGAAUUCAUCUGACAUGGACGCUCCAGUAUUAACAGUGAAAGUUCUAACCUCAGAAAAGGCCCUCUGUGGAGACGUGGAUGUAGAAACCUUUAAAUCAGCGCCAGCUGCAGCUGCAGACCUGUAAAGGUUUUAGUCUGUGAAGUGUGAAAUCUCAGCGUGUCUUCUGUCAGUGACCUCGCAUGAAAGGACCUCGACCUUUAACCCCCGUUUGAAACCUCCAGACUUUUGUAGUUUUGAGUUUGUGUGAUUUGCAGAACUACUACUGUUGCUUCUGCUUUGUUUUUUAGAGAUCUAGUGGAACCUUUUUAGAAGAAUAUAAUCAGCCGUCUUAUUAAAGAACCCAGGUGAGACUUUAAGCAUGGAGGCGGGCACAUUUCAUGACCAGUGCACACACAUCCUGCAUGCUGUAAGAACUGUACUAACCUGAACCUGCCGCUGUUUGAACAAUGAGAGAAGAGUAGAGGCCCAGAGAGAAUGGCUCAAAGGUGCUUUAAUAAUCCCGGGGUGAUGAAGUGGGUGUGACCGCUAGAGGAACCGCUCGCUCUGUCAGCCGAACGCUCUGACAGAUGAUGUUCAGAUUUAUUUUAAUCUCCUCCUACAGGUGUAACCUCGCUCUGCGUUUCAAAGGACUCUUUUCUUACUCGGACUGUUUUUAGUAACACGCCUGUUUUUUUGCAUCUUUUUUUUGUACUGUCUGAACUUAUCGACCCUAAUAAAAAUAUUUCUCUGUC